AUUAUGUUCCAGUUCAAAAAGAAAGAAGUGUGAUCUCGGCGUUGCCGUUGUGCCGUGCGAUUCGAUUCGCGCCCAUCCAAUCCAGGCAGGCCGGCCCAGGUUCCCUCCUCCUCGGCGACUCCGCCGCGCGCCGGCGCACAAGUCCAGUCCCCGCGGGCUCGGUUCCGCUGCAGCCAUACUCGAGAGCAUGGUUCCUGCAGCCAUGGCGGUCUCCGCCCCGUUCUGCCACGGCGUCCUGCCCUUCCCGGCCGCAGCCAGGGGCUCCUCGGCGCGCUCCCGAGGGGGGAGGCUGGACCUCGCCGAAGGCUGCUGCUCCGGCCCUAUCGCCGCCGCGGCCCCAGUCACAGGUGCCGCCCGCGUCGGCAGGAGGUGUGAGCUCUUUGAUCUCCAUCGGCAGAUAGUUCCUUAUGUUGAUUCGUGGGGUUGGCAGAAGUCCAUUGUUGAGAGGAGGAAAGCGUUGGUAGGCAUAGACACCGACACAGAUGAAGAUCACUCGGACACCUUAAUCGCACUGCAACAUCCACCGGUCUAUACAUUGGGCAACGGCAACGACGAGAAGUACCUCAAUUUCAAUAUAGAAGAUUCUCCUAUUGAGAUUCAUCGUAUUGAUCGUGCUGGGCAGGUGACAUAUCAUGGUCCUGGACAGCUUGUUCUGUACCCGAUUAUCAAUUUGCGGUAUCAGAAGAAGGAUCUUGUCUGGUACCAAAGAUCACUUGAAGGUGUGAUCAUUCGUGCCCUUCAGUCUGCAUUCUCUAUUAAGGCAUCAAGAAUAGAAGGCCUCACUGGUGUCUGGGUUGGUGAGCAGAAAGUUGCAGCUAUUGGAAUUAUGUGUGCAAGAUGGAUAGUAUAUCAUGGUCUAGCGCUAAAUGUCACAACUGACCUAACCCCUUUUCAACACAUUGUUCCCUGCGGCAUAAAGGGCCGUGGUGUUGGUAGCAUUAAGCAGAUAUUACAGAAGGCUUCCAAUGGUACAGAACUUAAUGAUGCAGAGCUAAUGGAUAUAGCUUAUGAAUCAUUGAUCAAAGAGUUUGCUGAGUUUUUCCAGCUCUCUCUGGAACCCAGCCCUGAUUUGCGUCUUUAGCUAGAUA